UUUAACAUUAAUGUCGCGACAAAGUUAUUUGGCAAAAAUUGUAGUUUUCUUAGUUCUAAUGCAGUUAUGCUCUUUGGAAAAAACUCUCAGUCGCCGCAAACGCUUCUUGUAUUUUCCCAAUGGAGGCACGUUUAAGUUGGUGUUGGGUUUCGCGACUCCGGUUAAAUUAGGUUUAAAACAGUCCAUGGCCUGGGGAUGGAAUUUUCAAUUUCAAUAUGCCGAACCUCAAACACCUAAUAACACGAGAAUUUAUCCACCCAUAGUCGGCAGGUCGCGAAUAAAACGCGAUGGCAGGAACGACAGAGCUUUGUUCUACUCCGCUAUUGAGGAUAUUUUAAACAGGAACGGGUUCAGCGGACGUGCUUGUCUUUUGCGCAGCAUUUGCGAGAAUGCCCUAUACAGCCUGCACCAUGAAGCAAAUGGGCUGUAUGGCCAUCUCCUGCACAUAGCCUUAACUUUGUUACAAAUAGGUUUCAAUUACAGACCAGACUACGGUGAUGGGAAAGCAAUUUCUGAUCUAGAUCCGGUCUAUUUGGAGGCAAAGAAAGCGGGAGAGUUUGGAGUCGACUGUUCGAGUUUGUAUCCCGAUUGUAGCGGCAGCGGAUUGCUGGACACGAUUUCGCUCCUCGAGUGAUUUCCCAAAUUUCAUAAAAUGUAAUUUGCUUUGUGUCUAAGAAACCCAACAUGUCAAAGAAUAAAUUUCAUGUUGCCC